AUGGAAGCAUCAAAAAAAAAGCUGUACCUCAAAUAUUUAGUAGUGGUUUUAAUGGCUGUUCAAUUUAGUUUUGAUUCCUGUGUUUACCUCUCAAGUGUGGUGAACUACAUUAAAUCGACUGGUGUAAAAAAUCCUGACAGUUUUUUAUUUGUAAUGCAAGCUGUUUCUGCUGCUGUUCAAGUAUUUGCUUCAUUCUUUAUUGGAAACAUAGUUGAAUUGGUUGGUUCCAUGAGAUGGACAAUAAUUUCUCUUUACUUUCUAUCUUUUGUGGGCAAUUUUUUAUAUUCAUGUGGAGGAGCAAUUUCACCAGGUACUCUAUUAGGAGGUCGUAUCAUAUGUGGUACAGCUUCUGCAUCAGGGGCCGUAAUAUUUAGUUAUAUUACCUCAGUCACAACUGAGAAAGAAGUUGUCUUCAAAUUGGUAGCAAUAUACAGAACGUCAGCUGGAAUCUGCAUGGCGCUGUCGCAGGUAGUUGCCAUACUUUUCGGCCUCUUAGACUUCAAGAUCCGGGGAUAUCAAAUAAACUCAUACAAUGCGCCAACAUUUGCAGCAAGUUUCUUUAUUCUUGCAAUAUGCUCUUUGUUGGUCAUAGUUCUAGAAGAUCCCGGAGAGAAACCUAAAAAAGGACAAAACACAAACUUUUUUGCAGUCUGGAAACAGUUUUUCAGCACAAAGAGAUCACGACUUUUUUCAUGCUUAAUCUUAUUAUGGUGUAUGUUUCAUUCAUCCUUCAUCAUGAGCGAAGUGAUGUAUUUUAUGCCGGUCUUCCUUACACUCCAUCUUGAUUGGCAAACAAAAUUUCAGGGGGUAUCUUUUAUGAUAGCCUCCAUUUUAGGAGUUGCUGGUAGCUAUUUUGCUCCAAAACUCAUUCACACCAAGCUUUUUACGAAAAGCAGCAAGAUUAUCCAUAGUGAAUCUGAAUCAACUCACAGCAAUGAAUUGGAAAAGCAAGUCAUACUGAAAACCAAAGAAAUAGAAAAGGAUUCUUUAUAUGUUAAUCAGGUCAAGUUCUCCCUUUUUUCGCUGAUCGUGGCUUUGAUUGGUCAAGCUUUCAUGAUUGGAGCAAGUGAAUCUUUGAAGCACAAUUCUCUACCUGCUACGAAUUCUGGUGUCUUUUUUGUCGCGGGGCUAUCGGUAACAAUGAUAGGAUAUAAUUUUUUGGCUUCUAGUAUUCCCGCAUUAUUUUCAAUGCACAUUGAUCCUAGUUUAAAGCUACAAUUGAUGCCAUCGGUUGGUGCUAUCUCGGGCAUUGGGAAACUCGUUUCUCCCAUCGUAUUAGCUGCUUUAUACAAAACAAGACUUGGAUUACCGAUUGGAGUUGGUUUUGGUAUGAUUUUGGUGGCUAUCUCUAUACCUCCCCUAUAUUGGCUCAGAAUAAAAAGAUUCUAG